AUGUCUGAAAUCGUUAAUCCCUCAGUCCUCGUUGUGGGUGGAGGUGCCUUUGGCACUUCUACCGCCUUCCACCUGGCUAAACGUGGCUACACCCGCGUCAGGGUCCUUGAUCGAUUUGCUGCCCCUUCCAAGGAUGCGGCGGCGACGGAUCUCAACAAGAUUGUGCGAUUCGAUUACCCGAACCCACUGUACUCCCGGCUUGGGGUUGAGGCCAUGAAGAUCUGGAAAGCGUCCGGGAAUCUGUUUUCGGGUAUGUUCCAUCACACCGGCUGGCUCAUGGCCGCCCACGACUUGACUCGGGAGUUCUUGAAGGCCGCCCACGAGACCAGCCAGAACGCCGGCCGCGAAGGGGUUAGGUUUAUUUCAGUCGACGAAAUCAAGCGGAAAUGGCCCGAAUUCACGGGGUCUUUCCCCGGGUGGACCAGUCUCUGGAGUCCCGAGGCUGGAUGGGUUCCGUCCGGUCAGGCGCUUCUUCGUAUGGCCACCGCUGCUCAAGCAAACGGUGUCGAGUAUGUGACAGGAGAUCGCGGCUGGGUGCAGCGACUGCUCUUCAACGACAAGGGCGACUGUAUCGGCGCCCUGACCCAGAACGGUGAAGCACACUUGGCCGACGUGGUCAUUCUUUGCACUGGCGCCAACACCGCCGCCCUGAUCGACGCCAAAGAUGAGAUCGUCGCCCGUUCCCACUGUGUGGGUGUCAUUCAGCUGUCGCCGGACGAGGCUCACAAGUAUCGAAACCUACCCAUUGUGGACGACUUUGAACAGGGGAUCCUGUUUCCUCCCGACGAGAACGGCCUCCUCAAGCUCUGCAGCUGCCGCUUCAUCACGAAUUAUUACAAUUCCAAAGUUCCCGGAGCAUCACUCGGCCACUCGCACCAAGACUUUCCGGAGGACGGGGUGCCCCGACAGAUUGAGGAGGAAAUGAGAGAGUUCGUCCGCGACCAAAUCCCCGAGCUCGCGGACCGCGAAUGGGUAUCCACGCGGAUGUGCUGGGAUGGCGACACCAAGGACGUCAACUUCCGCAUCUGCCCUUCGCCGACCAACAAGAAUUUGUUCAUCGGCACAGCUGGCUCGGGCCACGGGUUCAAGUUCCUGCCGGUGAUCGGGCAGUAUAUCGUCGACAUGAUGGAGGGCAAGCUAAGCCAAGACUAUGCGGACCUGUGGCAGUGGCGAUUCGGAGCCACGCCGCCCAAGACGGGCAAAGAGCCUCAUCCGUGGCCCGCGCGGGACUUGGGCGAGCUGGACGGGUGGAAGGGGAGGAACAAGCGCAUCAUGCAGUCGGUGUCGCGGCGUGCGGAAGGCGCCCGGUUGUGA